AACGCUGGUCGUGACCGCUGAUUAAAAGCGCCGAAGAAGAAGCUGAAAGCGGAGACCUCUGAUGAUAUUUGCGUCCGAGGGAGACCUCACUGGGACGGGGCAGGUAGCGCAAACCGCUUAUCGGCCGGGGCUUUUACUGUCAAGGGGUACCUAAGAGUGUGGAUAAUGCUCAGACAUGGUGCCUUGUCAAACCCAUGUGUUGCUGAAGUGGCAGGAGCACUUUAAUAGCUCCUGGGCAGCAGAAGACAGUGUGCAGACAGCCCGGAGGCAUGGUGCUGCUGUGCUCUACAACAAGCUCCUUCACAACAAAGAAGUGGUGACUUUGGCCCAACCCGUUCAAGAACUUGUCGGCCCGCGCCUCCCCGACUUCGAGUGCGAGUCCAGCGCAUUGGCGGAGAAGGAAGAGUACCUAUCAUCACUGCUUCACAGUCAACGAUGGCUUGCUCACCGCAUGCUGACGCAGACCUCCUACACCUUAGGCCUCCACCACAGGCUUUUAGUUCUGCAGAGGAUCUACUACGCACUCCACAGCAAAUACCAUGACAAAUUCCGCGUGCAGCUGCCCUCUCAGUCCACAGACAGUGGGACUGAAUGCGGGCAAAUCGAGCCGGCCUCAGAACCUUGCCUGCCAGGGGGAGCGUCUAAAAUCAAGUCGGGUACAGAUGUUCUGAUAGAAAUGGGGGUGAGGACUGGCUUGAGUCUGCUCUUCUCACUGCUGCAGCAGAACUGGAGAUACGCAGCGUCCGUGCACCCGGAGUCCGUGCUUUGCAACGACGUGCUUGCCACGGCGUCCUCUGUCCUGGCUUCGCUGCCGCCGCUUUCUCUGGCCAACGAGAACAAGAUCCCAUCGGUGGGUCUGGACUGCCUGGCGCAGGUGGCGGACUUCCUGAAGAAGACGUCGGUGAGCAGCGGGAGCGGUGGGGCGGACCCGACCGGUCGGAGGCUCGCGCUGGAGCUGCUGCUCGGCCUCGCCAUGCAGAGAGGCUCUCUGAAGUUUCUGCUGGAGUGGGUGGAGGUAGCCUUGGCUGCUUCCAUCUCCUCCUCCACCUCUGUGCUGUCUUCCUCCUCCACACUGAGCUCACAGCACCCAGCUGGUGUGGGCUUUGAUGUCAUCCAUCAAACUCUUCUCCAAAUGAGGCAAUAUUCGGGUUUCCGAGGGGAAGCUGUCAAUACUCAGGUGCUUAAGAAGGACGCGGAUGGGCUCUGUCGACUCUCGCAGGCAGCUCUCUGCUUGUUUGAAGAGAUUUGUAACCUUGCGUCCUACUGCCUGUGCUCCUGCAGCACGGAUGCGGCUGCCUCUGGUACAGAGAGUGACACAGUCAUGGUGUAUGUGUGGGGCAGCAACAGCAGCCAUCAGCUGGCAGAGGGAACUCUGGAGAAAAUCCUGCUGCCAAAACUGACGCAGGGCUUCAGUGAUGCCCAAAUGAUUGAGGCAGGACAGUACUGCACCUUCUCGGUGUCUGCGGACGGUUCGGUGAAAGCGUGCGGAAAAGGCAGCUACGGCCGACUGGGCCUGGGGGACUCCAACAACCAGUCCAUGCCCAAGAAACUUGUGCUUGAGCCACAUAGAAACAUGAAGAAGGUGUCCUCCUCCAAGGGCUCUGAUGGUCACACUUUGGCUAUCACUGUAGAGGGAGAGGUGUUCAGCUGGGGUGAUGGAGAAUAUGGAAAACUGGGCCAUGGCAACAGUGCUACACAGAAAUACCCCAAAAUUAUCCAAGGACCACUGUUAGGCAAAGUUGUCGUUUGCGUGUCUGCUGGCUACAGACACAGUGCUGCUGUGACUAAUGAUGGAGAGCUUUACACGUGGGGAGAAGGAGACUUUGGCAGACUUGGUCACAGUGACAGCCAGAGUCGGAACGUCCCCACACUGGUGAAGGACAUCAGUGGUGUUGGGCAGGUGGCCUGCGGGAGCUCUCACACCAUUGCUGUAGCGCAGGAUGGACGCACUGUGUGGUCCUUUGGUGGCGGGGACAAUGGUAAACUAGGUCAUGGAGACACCAAUCGCGUGUAUCGCCCAAAGGUCAUAGAGGCCCUGCAUGGGUUCAUCAUCAGGAAAGUGUGCGCUGGCAGCCAGUCAUCUCUGGCUCUCACCUCUGCAGGACAGGUGUUUGCAUGGGGCUGUGGCUCAUGUUUAGGAUGUGGCUCCUCUGAAACAACCUCUCUGAGGCCCAGGUUCAUAGAGGACCUGAGUAUAACCAAGAUCAUUGAUAUCUCAUGUGGAGACAGCCACUGUCUGGCUCUGUCCCAUGAGAAUGAAGUGUAUGCAUGGGGGAACAACACUAUGGGCCAGUGUGGGCAAGGCCACACAUCCACACCUAUCACCAAACCCAAAAAAGUGCUUGGUUUAGAAGGGGUCUCCAUCCAGCAAAUCACUGCUGGCACUUCUCACAGUCUGGCCUGGACUGCAGUUCCAACUGACAGGCAGCUGGUGGCAUGGCACAGACCCUUUUGUGUGGACUUGGAGGAGAGCACAUUUGCCUACUUACGCAACUUCCUCGAAAGCUACUGUGAUGGCAUCAGUAACGACACGCCUCCCGCUCCGUUCUUAUCUAAACGGGACCACCAUCAUUUUCUUUUGCUGUGCAUGAAGCUGCUGUCCAUCCACUUGUCCUUGGCCCAUGCGGGUGGCACUGGUGCUAUGGUUUUGGGUGCUCAGGGCAGGCCCCUGAGAAACCUGCUCUUCAGGCUCAUAGACACCAACAUGCCAGAGUCCAUACAACAAGCUGUUCUGAACACACUGUCUAUUGGUGCAUCCCUGCUGCUGCCUCCACUCAGGGAAAGAACAGAGCUGCUCCUCUCCCUCCUCCCUCAGGGCCCUCAGAGUUUGAAUAUUCUUUCCAAAGGUCAGCGCCUUCAGUUAGACAUGGUCCUCAGCAGCCUUCAGGACCAGAGCCAUGUAGCUUCCCUACUGGGUUACAGCAAUUUUGGGGAGGUGACAGCCCUGGGGCCGCCGCUGACGCCCGCCAUGUCAGUGCGACUGCACUCGUCAUCCAGCUCCGUCGAGGCCUACGACCCUCUGCAUUUAGCAGAGGUGCUGCUGAGAACCCUGCUGCUCAGCAUAGGCUUUUACACGGAGCAACAGUUUGGGGAACUGGAGAAAAAUAGUGACAAGCAACUAUGUGCUGAUCAGCAGGGCCAAACGGAUCCUCCCUCUCAGUUCCACCAGCUGCUCUCUGGACUACACAAACACCUGCUCGCCCAUUGCUACAUCCAUCCCAGCCCUGAGGAUGACAGCAGCGUAAUGUUGCUUCGCGAGCAUCUUUACCUGCUGCUUCCCUGCGCUGCUGAGACUCUCAGACGAUCGACCAAACUGCUGAAGGAGAGUUCCCCAGAUAAACAAAUGAUUAAAAAGCUGCACAUGGUGUUGUACAAUUCAGUGGCUGGCAGCCUGUUGUGCCAGGUAAUGUACUCCCUGCUGCUGCUGCCUCUGGGCACCGUUCAGCCCCUCCUGAGCCACUUACUGGCCUUGCUGGAGCACCUCAACGAUUUUAACAGGCUGCUGCCGGAGACGGUCCUGCUGGAGGAGCAAGAACUAGGAGUGGAGGCUCAGAAGACCUGCUCAGAUAAAAGUGAAGAAAGCUCAAGCCAUGGACAGCAGCAGCAGCAGCAGCAGCAGCAGCAGCAGCAGGAGGAGGAGGAGGAGGAGUGCAGAUGGGUAUGGCUGUUGGACCUUGAGCGAUCUGUGGCGUUGGCAGUCGGCCGCUGCCUUGGUGGCAUGUUGCAAGGCCCGCCGCUCUCUCUGCAGGAGAAAGCGUCAGAGAUCUGGCUAUCAAAUGUCCUCCUCCGAAAUGGUCUUGAGAUGGAUUUUGAACAGCUGGACUCCAGCAUGGCAUGGCUGACUGAAGUAGUGCUGCUGGGUAGUACUGACACCAGACUAGGAGAGCUGAGUCUGACGGAGGAAACCAGGACUCUACUGGAACUUGCACUGGGAUCCUCCAGAGGACUUGCAGGCAGCCUGUGGUGGAAGAUGGAGGAGUACGCUCACAGCAAAGAAUGGGACAGUGGAGGCUCUUCAGGGGAUUGUCUGCUGCAGAUUGUUUGUCGCUGCAGUCUGGCCGCUCUCCUGAAACACACCGGACUCCACAACGAGGCCUUUUGCCACGACAAAUAUGAGCCCUGUGAGAUGCUGUUUGAUGUCUAUGAAAUCGUUUAUAAAAUCAGAAGCACUCUGUUGGCCCUUAAAAACUCUCCGAGGAUGUCACAGGUGCAAGCAGCUAAACAGAUGUCUCAGUCUCCCCAAAGUCCUGAGGCAGACAGGGAAGAGCCAUGCUCCUCAGUGGAGCAGGUGGGAAAGGAUCCUGAGCAGCAGUCAGGAGGCCACUGUAGCCGGGAGGUGCAGGUGCCUCCAACUCCAACAGCAAACCACAACCAGGAAGAGAUCACAGAUGAGGACAGAUUUGGCAGCAGUCGUAUGUACCUGUCAGAAGUCUUAGAGUCGUUCAUGGCCACCCGCGAAGCCAUGCAAGUACAGCAGAACGUGACGGUCUACGAGUCGUUCGGCACCUCCAACCUCCCCAGCAGCAUGGAGAGCCCCGUCAGCCCAGAGAGAGAGAUGGAACCCAAGCAGCAGUGGGAGAAGCACAGGGAAUCCGAGGAAAGCUUGUCUUUCCCCGCGGCCUGCCAUCUGGUGGUGUCCCGAAGUCUCUUCCUCCUGCUGGGGGUCAGGCCUGCUUGGGUGGAACCCAGCGAAAGGGAGAAUAGUCAAGCUGUGAACGCUGGGGCAAGGAAGUCGUCGUCGGAAUCCUUUAACGCGGCUGUUAAUGGACGAAAACAGCCCGACCAGUCCAAAAACUCCUCUGGAUCUUCCAAGAAUAAAAUGGGCCUACCUCUGUGCUCAUUGGGGAUCAUGAAAGAUGCUUGGGAUCGCCUGCGGCAGUGCAUCAGCCCGACCACCACUAUGUCCCACUACAGCAACAACACUUUGCCCAUUCUCAACCAGGUGUUCCACUUCAUCUGUGGGAGCCUCGUCCACUUAUCAUCCCCGUCACCGACUCUGCCGGGUGGACAGAGCUGCAGUCAGGCAGAUCCCAAGGCCAUUACAUUUGCCAUACUGCAGCAGCAACAGCGUGCUGAGAUGCGUCUGGAGGCCCUGUGUCAGAUGUCAGCCUUCUUGUCCAAGAUGGAGGAAAAGAGCAGUGGGUGCACUGCGUCUCCUGCAUUGUUGCAGUCUGUGCAGCUCCAGUUCCUCUCUGGAUGCUUCGCCUUGGGAACACAAAUCAUUGGCUCGCACUCCGGAGCUAAUUAUGAGACUCAGCAUUACAUGUGUGGCACGCAGUCAGCUUCUAUAGAUACGCAGAGAGAGCUACAAUCUGCAGCCCACACCUUUUACCAGCAGGUGGUCCGUGUCCUCAAACAGAGGGUCCUGUUGGAAAGAGAACAUCCAGGUUCAUGCCAACACCUCCUGCUGGCCACAAUGUUUGCACUGAAUUUUUGUUACCAGCCAGUGGACCUGGUGCUUAUCAUCAAAUGUGGCAUCCUGGAAAUCCUUUCCACGCUGACCAACAACAGCUGUGCGCUGAUAAACCAGGGCUGGUUUGCAGCCUCAACGUCUGGAUCCAUGUUACUAAGUGGGGCAGUCAGACUGGCUUGCGCCCGUCUGCUCCAGAUAUUGACUGUAGCUGCAAGCUCCUGUGAGGAUUUGCUGCCUAUUGACGUGUCCCAUGCUCUAAUGGAAGUGAUGUGUGAGCAGCUCCAAAACAUCCUGUACAACUUCCACCAACAACAGAUAGCAGAGAGAGGAACGGCUGAAAAAGCAGAUCUGGACUCCGGCAAGAGCGCAGAUUUAGCUGGAGUGGAAAGCAGCAAAGUGGUAGAAUCUCAGCUUGCAGAUUUCUUGGUGUUUCUGAGGCGCGUGCUGUCACUAAGAGUAAUGAAAAGACUUUCUACUUUUGUCAAAUGGAUCGACCCACUCAUGGCCAUUAUUUCACACAAGUGCUCUUUAGGAUCUACGCGCUUCCAGAACCUCCGCACUAAGCUCUUGGCCUUCCACGUCUUAGAAAGACUGUUACCUGCUUGUUCUGAGCCAGUUCAGAUCGAACAGAUUGUGAAACAACUGUUUCAGCUCUUGUCUGUUUAUAUGUGGGAGGAACCACUUGCUGAGAACAGCCAUGAUGAGGCAGCUGAAAAAAACACAGAGAAUCCUGGCAGCUACGAUGAAUGUAUUCCUAUUGGAGACUUUUCCUUUGACCCAAACAAACUAAUCUGCUGUUCUCUGGAGAGUGGAAACAUCCUCUCCCACGGUUCGGGAGGGAAAGGCUACGGCUUGGCAACCACUGCCAUUACCUCUGGCUGUUUCAUAUGGAAGUUCUACAUUACCAAAGAGAACAGAGGCAACGAGGGCACGUGUAUUGGUGUUUCACGCUGGCCAGUCAGAGACCACAACCAUCACACGACCACCGACAUGUGGCUGUAUCGCGCUUAUAGCGGCAACCUGUACCACGGAGGGGAACUGGUCCGCACGCUUCCCUCGUUCACCCAGGGUGACACCAUCACCUGCAUCCUGGACAUGGAGGCUCAUACCGUAUCAUUUGCAAAGAAUGACAAGGAACCAAAGUUGGCAUUUGAAGGCGUGGUUGCCUCUGAACUGUACCCCUGUGUCUUGUUCUACAGCAGCAAUCCUGGAGAGAAGGUGGCGCUGCGUGACCUCCAGAUGAGAGGCAUGCCCAGUAAUCUGCUUCCCGGCGAGCCGCUCUGCAGCCCUCGGACCACCGUGCUGCUGGAGUCGACAGUGCAGCUCCUGCGUCGGCUCCAUCAGUGUGACCAGUGGUGCCCACACAUUAACAAGCACAUUCACGCCCAGCUGGAGCUCAUUGGUCCCCUCCUGAGAGAGGAGGAGUCGGGAAGCUUCAAUCCAGGCCACACCGAAAGAGAAGAGAAGGAAAGAGACAAAGACCUAGCUGGUGAUGACGCAAAGGAAUUCCUGGCGCAUCGUCGGUCCCUGUCAGAAGUCAAGCUCGCUGCUCUCUGCACUGAAGUGUGGCCCGUGCUGGCUGUAAUCGGAGGAGUGGACGGCGGCCUCCGUGCCGGAGGUCAGUGCCUGCACAAGCCCAGCGGGCGCAGGGCUAUUCUGCUUGGGGUCUUGAAAGAAGGGAGCUCCCUGGCCAAGCUUCAGUGGGAGGAGGCGGACCUCUCUGUCAGCUCCAUGAAUUCUUGGUCACCCAGCGACACGCCGAUCGUCUCACUGGAGCCCUGCGACAUAUGCUGCUGUGAUGUCUCCCGCCUCGGAGGCCUCAAGCCGACGGUGUUGUUAGAUUUGAUUUAUUUGAUGGGGCUGCUGGAGGAGCAGGGGUGGCUGGGGGCUCAUCCACCACCGAGGAGGAAAUACUCCGAGGAGAACAUGAAAGAGGGCGAGGCGCACGGCUGUCUGGAUGAAGACCUGACGGAUGAUGUGAGAAGGCUGACGGAAGAUGAAAGGAAACUGAUUAAGGAUCAGAAGGUUGAGCCGGAUCCGUUCUCUUCAUCCUCCAAAGACGCCGCAAAGAUCGAGGAGUUGACUUGUGUAGCUCAGCCUCCCCAGACGUCCCAAACCUCCAAAUUGGACGCCUUUGCACUGGAGCUGAGAGCUGUUAAAGUCUCGUACCUUCUCAUCGGAGGCUUAAAAUCUCUCACUGUCAUUUUUAGCUGCGAGAAGCUGUCGGAUUUACUCCUAGUGCCCAAACACGACAGCUCAGUGAGCCCCAUUUCCAGUCCAAAUUCUGACCAGGCUAAGGCGAGCUGUAAACAAUGGGAUGAAAGUGCUGAGCUGCAGUCAGUGCUGCAGUAUGUGGUACAAAGCAUGGUGAAGUGGGCGGUCAGGCCCUGUCCAAUCAAGCAGACGGUGUCCCUCGUCGAUUUGGAGAGAGCUCAAGUCAUGAUAUACAGAGGAGCCCUUAACCAGCUGCAGGAGGACAAAGACCGCAAAGAAUCAGGCCACCACUUGUCCUCUCAGCCCAUUUCAAAGUCCUCCAGCUCUGUGUCCUUGUACUCAGCAGGGUCCGAAGGAACUGCAAUCUUUGGCCAAUCAAACAGAGCCUCUGCCUCUUCCUCUAACACUGACUUGGCAUCCUCUCUGCCAACAAACCUGCAGGCAGACGGUCUAGAUAAUUUCAACCCUUUCCUCCCAAUCAGCCUCCUCCAGCACAUGGUGCUAACUCGGUUCCCUACGCUUACGGGCCUGGUUAGCACCCCCCCAGUGCUGCACCCUUGCUUCAGCCUGGCCAGCUCUGCUUCUUGUGAUGCCUUCACAGAACAGCAGACUAGCUUCAUGGAGCCUGGCCCCUGCAGCACACAGGCCAGGAGCAGCUUGGAACGGACACAAAUGUUUGUCACCAGUCGGUUGCUAGAAAUGGGAUUCUCUAUGAGACAUAUCUACUGGGCCAUGGAGGCAGCAGAUGUAGCAGGUGACCUGGACUCUCAGACCAUUGAGGUGUUGGCCAGCUGGAUGCUAGAGCACCCCUUCACAGAAGAGCAGCAAGCAGUGGAGUCACAGAGACCAGAGGGUGCUCCUGAAACCCCGUCCCCAGAUGGACCGGAGACAGUGCAAUGUCCUGAGCGCCCCACCAGCCAAACCAAUGAAAGCUUAUUACCAGGACUCGACUGGAUAGAGAGGGAGAACUUCUUGGAUGUCCACCUCACCAGGAACAGACCUCCUCCAGCGCGGCGGCGACGAUCAGGCCCAACUCAGAGGACGUCCUUCCGAAGGGCAGACUUGCCAUCACCCAACCCCCUCCCUCAGCUGUACCAACAGCACACAGCGGUUGGUGAUUGGCCAGAGCAGGUGGAGUUUCAUCCCUUCUCUGCUGAGGAGGAGACAGAGUUGGGCUACAUGGACGACCCGUACCACGAAGAAACGUAUGAGGACCUGCUCACGCCUUCAUUCUUCAGCUUGGAGAGAGACACACUUCAGAUAGUUGAGGCUGGGGAAGAACACAGUCAAAUGGUGAAAUGCGAACUUUGCAACACCCUCACCUUGCAAUUUAACAAUCACAUAAAGAGACGACACCCAGGCUGUGGGCAGAGCGCUGCCCGUAAGGGCUACGACAGCACCGGGGCCUAUGUGGACGUCUGGUUCAAAGGGGAAUGUGGCUCCAACUUCCCCUUCUACCUUCUCUGCAGCUCCUGCAGGGAAAGGUAUCUGGCUGCAAACCUGAGUGACCCAAGCUCCAAAUAUGAGAGGAUAAAAGGUCUGACAUCUGACUUGGUCGGCCAAAUGGACAGCACUUCUGAUGAUGACUGGGAAAUGAGCCACCAAGACGAGUAUGACACGGACAAACUGACAGGACAGGAGGACUUUGGAGUCCUGCUGAGACCGCUGGGACUGACUGAAAAGAAGCUGGUGCCAGACCCCAUAGUUUUUACUGAACCAGAUCCACUCGGAGCCCUGGUUUACAGCUCGACCAGUCCUACAAGAGCCACGAACAAAGGAAACGCCCUUGUUGAGCAGAAGACGUCUCUGAGCCUAGGACAGCAGGCAGUGUCACUGAGGGACUCUCACGACAGGCUAAAAGCUUUAAGAAGAGUCACAUCCACCGCUCAGAUUCUGCUAGCUUACAGCAUGGUGAUGAGAGCACUGUCUCAGACUGCCUCAAGUGCGUCAUUGUGCAGCCAGUCUAACGGACUAGAGUCCUUGGGUCUAGCCGACAUCCGCAUCUUGGUCCGUUUGAUGACUUUAGCGGCCGGCGGCAGAGCUCACACCUGUGUGGACAGCCAGUCCGGUGUGAAGGGACUGGCGACCGAACGGAACAACUCCACCUGCCUCAGCUUUCUAACCUCAGCCAUUGGCAGCGUGGUUUCCCACAGCCCCACCGCUUACAGACAGCUAGUGGAGAUAUGCACCCAGGACCUAAUGGCGGCAGCUACUGGGGUGAACAUCGGGGCCAUCAGUGACCCACAGCAGAGGACUUGUCUGACAGUUGCAACACAGGGAGCUCUGCAGCAGAGGGACUACAACGACCAGACUCCCCCAACAUUCCUGGUCACGCAAAGUCUGGUGUCCUUGCUCACCGAAAAGAGCGCUCACUGUCACGGCCCGGACAGAGCUGAGCACGAGGCUAAUGAUACAGGAAACCAAGGGGCGUCUUCUUCUUCUUCGUCCUUGCCUCCUUCCCCGUUACCACACCCGAGCGCCAGAGUGGGCCCCCUGGAGCUGGCAAACGCGUUAGCGGCGUGCGUCCUGUCCGCCAGGCUGACCAGCAGACACCGCCAGUGGGCAGCACAGCAGCUGGUGCAGGCGCUGGCGGCCACAGGGAGAGACAGUCCUCACCGGCCCCAGACGUACAGUGACCUGGCUGGCGACUUGCGUAAAUGUCCUCUCAAGAGACUGGAAGGACAUUAUAACAAGGUGGCCAGCUGUUCCUGGAGCAGUGAGCAGAGUCUUUUGGCUACAUGCUCUCAGGACAAGGUUGUGCAGCUGUGGAGCAUCAGCCAGAACACUGUGGAGUUACAGACCACCUUCUCUUGUAUUACCAGUAAGACGGACAGAUCAAGCAGUGAGAGGGCUGGCAGGUGUCACCACAUGUCUCCUGUGUACUGGAGCACAGGGGGAAACUUUCUGGCUGCGCCGGAGAACAAACACAUCAACAUCAUGAACAUUAGAGGAUCCAUCUGUCACGUGGAGGCCCAGGGUUCUCGGGUCACAGCUCUUUGCUGGGCUCAGACCUUCAGCUUGUGGGUGCUCGACCAGCUAGCGGCCUGUAAGAACAGGUCUGCCGAGAGCCUGUUGGUGGGACGGCUGGAUGGCACCCUCUGCUGGCUGCAGGUCACGAUGCAGGAAAUAGAGCUGGUGGUGAAGAGCACUGAACUCACCCACUGCUACAGGAAAGAAGCGCCCCAGUGUGUAGCGUGGCACAGUGAGGACAAGCCUUUUGCAGUCGGCUAUCCCAGUGGGAAGAUCCUUUUGGCCACAACUGAGACCUAUGAAAACGAGCAGCCUGUAGUGCUGCCUCUCUUUCAGGACAGUGUGACGUCCCUAAAGUGGGACCCCACAGGACACUUGCUCCUCUGUUUGGGGAGGUCAGAGGUAGUGAAGAUUUUGGGACAGUCUGGGGCCACCUGGGUGACCCUCCACUCUCUCUUCCACACUAGCACUGUUAACAUCGCAGAGUGGUGCCCACUCGCUGGCAGGGCUCCUGACCCCAGGCUCAUGAUGGCUGUAGGUUGUCAGAAUGGCUCGGUGCAUGUCUGGACGCUACCACAAGGGGGCACCAUUGUAUCUUCGCCCAACAUGUUGAACAGCUCCCAGGAUAAAAGCAGUGAGGUCAAGCAGGAUAGUGCAAAGUGCGCAUUUGUGCUUCAUGGCCACAUUACAGCGGUGAAGUCCCUUUCAUUCUGCUCCAGUGGAUUGGCGCUGGUUUCUGGAGGGAUAGGGGGACUCCUCAACAUCUGGUCCCUACAGGAUGGUUCAGUGUUACAGACGGUUACAGGCUUGGGCUCAGUUGUCAACACUACCUGGAUACCAAACUUAGGUGUAGCUGCCUGCUUCGGGAGGUCAAAGGACGUGCUGUUGAUCUGCUGCAACCCCGACUGGAUCAGUCAGAACCACGUGCUAGCUUCCUGUCGCAUGGUCCUCAGAAGCCAGAACAUCUUGGGUCUAAAUCGAGCGCCUUGUUUGGCUGUGUUCCUGGAGAGGCUGCCCUUGUUGCUGCAGGAGCAAUACAGCUACGAGCGGAGCCACGUCGCAGCAGGUGACCAGCUUGUCCACAGUGCCUUCCUGCAGAGUCUGGCCUCCCUGGCUGUUGGUUUGUCCUUGGAGAAACAUCUGUGCUGCUUCCCACGCCCCCCGCACCACAUCUGUCCCGAUGCUCACUCCUGCCCGUCAGAGUGGAGCUGGCUGGUCACUUACGCCACCACCGUCCGCAGCGCUGAGGCUAUUGCCAGCGGAACUGCCUUCCCAGAAUCCUUCAUUGUUGCAGAGUUUCUGGGGGUGCAAGAUUCUGAAAUUAUCAAAGCACUGGACAACAGUAAGUGGAGCUUCAGGAUGGACGAGCAGCUAAUGUCAUGGGCCACCAGCAGACCAGAGGACUGGCAACAAGGAGGAAAAAGUGUGGUGUAUCUUUGGGGGAACGGACGUUUCGGACAGUUGGCAGGAGUGGGAACGAACCUCAUGAUGCCGACACUGGCGCCUUCUCUGUUACAGACGCAACAGAUCGUGUGUGGUCAGAACUGCACCUUCCUGCUCCAGUCCAAUGGGACUGUACUGGCUGUAGGAGAAGGGCAAUAUGGCCGACUGGGCCAGGGGAAUUCUGAUGAUCUCUAUGUGCCCACUAUCAUCUCAGCUUUUCAAGGUUAUGUGGUGACUCAGCUGGUGACGUCCUGUGGGUCAGACGGACACUCGAUGGCCCUGACUGAGACUGGGGAGGUGUUCAGCUGGGGAGAUGGAGACUUUGGAAAACUGGGACACGGCAACAGCGAAAGACAGAGGAGACCCAAACAGAUCGAGGCCUUACAAGGAGAAGAGGUCGUCCAGCUCGCCUGUGGCUUUCGUCACUCUGCUGUAGUCACAGCAGAUGGAAAGUUGUUCACCUUCGGCAGUGGAGAAUCCGGCCGCCUGGGUCAAAGGUCGACAUCCAAUAAGAUGUUGCCUGAAAGGGUGGCUGCACUGGAGGGAUACCAUGUUGGACAGGUGUCAUGUGGUCUCAACCACACUUUAGUGCUCUCUCUCGAUGGCUCGGUCGUGUGGGCGUUUGGAGAUGGAGAUUAUGGAAAACUGGGAACCGGUUCCUCCACAGCGAAAUACUACCCUCAGAAGGUGGAAUCGCUUUGCAACAAGGGAAUCAAGAAGGUCAGUUGUGGAACUCAGUUCUCUGUGGCGUUGGCCUGUGAUGGACACGUCUACACGUUUGGACAAGAGCGUCUGAUUGGCCUGCCCGACUCCAUGCUGAAGAACAAAUCCUGCCCUCAGGUUGUUCCAUCUCUGGAAGGGCUGUUUAUAGAAGAUAUCGCUGUGGGCUGUGAACACGUGCUCGCCUUGACUUCCACUGGAGAUGUGUACGCCUGGGGCUGCAACAGUGAGGGACAGCUUGGCCUCGGACACUCCAACCUUGUGAAGGAGCCCACUCUCAUAACAGCCCUUCAGGGCAAAAACAUCAGACAGAUCUCUGCUGGCCGCUGUCACAGUUCAGCAUGGACAACCCCAUCUACCUCGAUGAAAAACUCAGGUGGCUCUGGAAAUUUCCAGCUAGGCCUUCCACAGUCUGUCCCUCCCCAGUACAACACGCUGAAAGACUGCAGCCCCGAUGUCCUCAGCAUGCGCCUCAGGGUACUCUACCACUUCUCUGAUCUCAUGUACAAAUCCUGGAGGCUGCUCAACCUGGACGCCAAGAAUUCGGCGUCCACUUCACGCUACAGUUCAGGGACGACAGCCAUCAUCCGGGGUGAGCUCAGAGGCCUUCUAUCACCCAAGGUCAAUACUCUUCCUCUUGUGCGCACCAUUGGCAGAACAAUGACCCAGGGCAAAACAUAUGGACCACAGAUCACUGUGAAGCGGAUUUCCACAAGAGGGCGAUCCAGCAAGCCCAUCUUUGUGCAGAUCGCGAAGCAGGUCGUGAGCCUGAAUCCUCUAGAGCUGCGUCUGCCGUCACGGGCCUGGAAGGUCAAGCUGGUGGGAGAGGGCGCGGACGAUGCCGGGGGAGUGUUUGACGACACCAUCACGGAGAUGUGUCAGGAGCUGCAGUCCGGCGUGGUGGAUCUUCUCGUCCAUACUCCCAACAGCUUUGCAGAUGUGGGCAGCAACACUGACAGGUUCCUGCUGAAUCCGGCCGCCCACUCAGAGGAUCACAUGGUCCAGUUUCGCUUCUUGGGGAUCCUCAUGGCGGUGGCCAUCCGCACCAAAAAACCCCUGGACUUACAUCUGGCUCCUUGGGUGUGGAAACAGCUUUGCUCGAUGCCGCUGGGAGGGGCCGACCUGGAGGAGGUGGACCUGCUCACCCACCGCACCCUCCAGGGCAUCCUUCACCUAGAAAACAGCGGAAUCACCGAGGAGAAUUUCCACGUGAUGAUCCCGCUGGAUUCGUUCAUGGCUCACAGUGCAGAUGGCCGGCUGGUGCCCGUGGUCCCCGGAGGUCAAAACAUAUCCCUAACCUUUACCAACCGCACUGAAUAUGUGGAGAGAGCUCUGGAACACAGACUGCAUGAGAUGGACUCGCAGGUGGCAGCAGUCAGAGAGGGCAUGUCCACCAUCAUCCCCGUGCCCCUCCUCUCCCUGCUGACGGCGCAGCAGCUGGAGCAGCUGGUCUGCGGCCUGCCGGAGGUCUCGGUGGAGAUGCUGAAGAAGCUGGUGCGUUACCGUGACAUCACCGAGAGCCACCAGCUCAUUGGCUGGCUGUGGCAGAGCUUGGAGGAGUUCACCAACGAGGAGCGGGUGCUUUUCCUGCGCUUCGUCUCUGGCAGGUCCAGGCUGCCUUCCAACCCGGCGGACAUCUCACAGAAGUUUCAAAUCAUCAAGGUGGACAGGCCCAUCAACGGACUCCCGACCGCUCAGACCUGCUUCUUCCUGCUCCGCCUGCCGCCGUACACGAGCCAGGCCGUCCUCGCCGAGCGUCUGCGCUACUCCAUCCACAACUGCCCCUCCAUCGACAUGGACAACUACAUGCUGACCCACAACACCGACCCGGCGGACAGCUCCGACACGGAGGACUGAAGCGGGCGCCUGCAGACAACCGGACGAUGAAUGUAUCUUCUCCGAUGCCAUGCACAUUAUGCACUGAACACAGAUUUUUAUUCGCCAAACUUGUAUGGUAGCGUACUGUUUAUAUGUCGGUUUAUUUAAAGAUGCGUGUUAUUGUAAUUAUUGCAGUGCUUACUCUGAAUCAGAACCACUACAGGGACAAAAGAUGAAGAUUUUAAAAAAAAGAAGAAAAAAGAAAUAUAGGUGAAAAAGCCACAAUUAAGGAGUUAAUGUGCCUGUUUGUUUGAAAAUAUGUAAUAAUUUAAUGACCUAUCCCACAGACUGUAGGAAGUACUAUUGUAAAAUAAAGAGUGUUUAAAUAAG